AUGUGCGACGACAGGUGGAGCGGCGACUUGUGCGAGUACAACCUCACUGAUCAUUGCUCGAUGCGCGGUGAACGUCUACCGGACGGCGGCUGCGCGUGCCAGCCGUACUUCUUCGGCUCGAUCUGCCAGUACACGAGUCGCUGCGACCAGGGCCAUAUUCGGCACGGCAGGUGUAUCUGUCAAAGGAUUGGGGCGGAGACUAUUGCCAUC